AACAAAACUAGCAGGCUGUGCGUGCAUGCGGGGGUGUAUCGUUUUGUUCUCCUUAUCAUUUGCGACGCACGUUUUUCUUUGGUUUUGUCCGACGAUUGCAAAAAAACCUUUUAAACAAAGCUGUUAAAAUUAUUGUUAAAUGUUUGUUUCCGCCUUAUUCGCUGAUAAAUCUGCUUAGAAUCGAUGGCAGCUAAAGGAACCCAAUCACCCUUAACAAUAUGCGAUUUAAACGAUGACGUCCUGGCCUGCAUAUUUGGCUACCUCCCUCUGGAUGAUCUCGAUAACCUGCAUCGAACUUGUCACCGUUUUAGGACAGUCGUUCGAUGCUACGUUUACUCUCGGUUGAGUGCGGAUUUACUUCGGACCGGACAUCGGCACCGACCGGAAGCACGCCGAGAUCUGUUCAACUUUGACUACCGUAAACGUAUCAGCUUGGAAGCGAACUGGCGCCAAGGGCGUUAUUCGGAAAAAUACUUUUUCUACCAUCGGUUGCUUUACUUUCCGCAAAUAAUCCUCGAAAGACGGUGGCUGUACGUUACCGAUCAGGGUCAGUUUCGAGCCCAUCAGCGGACACCGAAUGGACGUAUGUUGCUAGAUCGACCAACAUGGACGAUCUGUUCGGAGAAAGAACCGGAUAUCAAUUGGGUAGUCAAGAAAAAGGCGCGACUGUUCGGGGGUCGAUCUGAUGGGACUUGUUUUUUGUAUGAUUUCAAUACCCGACAAUACCGAAGCGAGCAACUGGCUGAUGACUUUAUUACGGCCGUUGAUUUUGAGGGACAACAUUUUGUGUACUCUACCAAAACGAGAAGCACCGGAUUUUUUACGGAAAGGGAUUAUGAAGAUUGGAGGCUGGAACCAAAACGGAUCGUCGGAGAAGCUUAUCAAACAAUUAAGUUAUGUCCCGAUGGGGGUGCGCGAUUGGCUGCUGGGAAAUACCACGACCCAGAUAAAAGUGCUUUAAGAUUGAUUGAUGUGGAAAGCGGGAGCACCACACAAAUGGAAUCUCCCAGUCGGGCGGUGUAUCAACUGACCUGGAAAGAUUCAAACACCAUAUUGACGGGUAAUUUUGAUACAACUUUUCGAGUCGUCGAUACCCGGACAAACAAAGACGAAGCGGUUUGGGUGGAUCCGUAUGACGCUUCCGUAUACUGCUUGGAUUACGAUGGCGCCAAUGCAGUACUCUGUGGGAUGAAAUAUAACUUCCGGGUUAAUUUGUACGAUCUGCGGGUCCCGAAACGAUGCGUGCAGAUGUAUUUCUCUUCGAAAAAUGUUUCCCACUAUUCGCCCGUUUACAGUUUAGCGUCCGAUUGUAGCCAGCUGUUCGUAGUGACCGAUCACGAUUUGAGAAUUCUCAACUUUGACGCAGAUUCUUCUCAAGCUAAGGAUUACACUUCAGACCUGAAUACAUGGCUUUAUUGAAGGAAUAAAUUAGGAUAAAAGCGAAGGCCUUCGAUGGAUUCGUCACGACAAAGUUUUCCUAGCGCUUCGGCUGUUAGAAGUCGCUCGUUUGCCAACAAUAGAGAAAUUCCUACCACC